AUGACAUCUUAUCAGACAGAGACCUCGUUUGGAAAGCCUAGAGACAUUCCAAGUGAACCUUGGCUAACUAAUUGCAUCAAAAUUUGUGGAUUAUGUUGUCGAAUUGGUUGUCCGCCUUGUCCCAGCCACAUUGUCCGUAAAGUAGCCUUUCAUCCACCUUCAAAAACAAACUCCUAUAUUAUUCAAUUGAGAGAUGAUCCAAAUCAAAUAAUUACCAGUGCCAAGCAGAUUUGUAAUCAAGCAUUCUUUAUCUACCCUUUAGUGAGCAAUCAACAAAUAUCGAACGAUUAUCAGCAUCCUACUCAAACUUUCAUAGUCCAAACAAACUUGGGCAACUAUCUGGUUGGAGUCAAGUGUAGUCCUCCUGUCUCACAAAGUAGUCGUACGAAUUCCAAAAAAGUCAUUAUUUUCGCUCAACCAAACUCCUCUGAUUUAUGGGGAUACUUACAUCCGUCUGGGUUAAGUCUGAUGAAGAUGGCAGAUAUUUUCAAGGUGGAUGUGUACGGCUUCGACUAUUCAGGAUUUGGAAUGUCGAGCGGAACACCAAGUGAAGAGAACAUUUAUUCAGAUAUUAAGGCUGUAUAUGAAUACGUUCGAACGAAUGAUCCUGAUAAAGAGAUUAUUCUUUUGGGAUAUAGCAUAGGAACAACUGCUGUGAUUGACUUAGCAUCAAGGAAUUGCUCAAAGUUAGUUGGAGUAAUUCUGAUAGCUCCGCUAACGAGCGGUUAUCGUUUAUUGAAAAAUGAGCCUUUUUUAUCCCAGGGAAAAUCCUGCGAUUGCUUCACAAAUUAUGAAAAAAUUUCGUUAAUAGGAGUUCCGGUUCUAAUAUGUCACGGAAUGAAUGAUACAAUCAUCUCAUCUGAGCACUCAGAAGCCUUAUUCUCCAUUCUACAACAUCCCGUCACCCCGCUGUUUCUUUAUGGAGCAGAUCAUGUUAGCAUCAUAAGUGGUAAAUAUAUUCAGGUUCUACGACGGAUAUACACGUGA